AUGACCAAGCUUGGCUCGAGUCGAACGGACUGGGACACUAGAACUUGGAAUCAAGGUCCUGGUAGAGGAAGAGUCUCGUUUUCUUCUUCGACACAAUCCACACACAAAAAUGACAAGCAGAAUCAAGUACGACAACGACGAAAAACCAAACCAAUGCCAGUAACGGGAUAUGAUUUCAAAGAUAUCGAAGAAACAUACGACCGUAGACCCCUGCAAGUCGGUUGGAGAUUGAACAGCCUGGGAUUUCCGCUCUUGGGAUGGUACAUUAGUUUGCUCAUGGAUAAGGCAACUGGUGCUUCUGAGAAUCCAAAAAUCCAGAGAAUGCGUGGGGAACAGCUGAGAAUGCACUUGGUCCGAUCCAAGAGCGUCGCUCUCAUCAAGUCUGGUCAGGCAUUGAGUCUCCGGCCUGAUCUAAUCAGGAACAAAAUUUGGGCAGAAGAACUAGGAAAACUUGUUGAUGCAGUGGGGUCUUUCUCUGAUAAAGAGGCCAUGCGAAUCAUGAAGAAGGAACUGGCAGAUCUCUAUCCUCGUAUGGAAGUUACCAAAGCCACAUGGCAAGGAAAGGCAAAGAAAACCAAUAAGAAAGGCAGGCGGCUGACCAGUGUGGAGAGACUAGUGGAGAAAGAUCCAAUCUUGAACAUGUUUGAGUUUUACAACGACAAUCAAGCAGUGGCAUCGGCCAGUAUUGGUCAGGUUUACAAAGCCAAAAUCAGGAGAGGUCCCCAGCUUGAAGCCGCAAUUGGAAAGGAGGAAGCAGCCAAAUGGGGUGGUAGAACCGUUGCCAUUAAAGUGCAACGACCUGACGUGGAAGAUUCUGCAUCUUUGGAUAUGUACCUGCUCCGACGAACGGCCAUGUGGUUGAGCAAAUUUCGAGGCGGUGACCUGCCAGCCAUCGCCGAUCAAUUUGGAAUGCAGCUGUUUGGAGAGCUCGAUUACAUUCGAGAAGCCGAUAACUGUGAACGAUUCCGUGAGCUUUAUGGAUCCUGGGGGGACGUAGAUGUACCCGCUGCCUGUCGUGCGCUCACUCGGAAACGGGUGCUUGUGAUGGAAUGGGUCGAAGGCGAAAAGGGACCCUGGCCAGGAAAGGUUGGUCUAGAAAUGGUCAGCAUUGGACUAAGGUGCUCGGUGGAUCAAUUGAUGUGCACAGGUCUUUUCCAUGCGGAUCCUCAUCGAGGGAACAUGUUGAUGGCGCCUCAAGGAAAACUCGCUCUCAUUGACUUCGGUAGCAUGGCUGACAUCACAGAAGAAGAACGUUACGGGCUUUUUGGACUUGUCAUUGGACUUCAAAACAAGGAUCUUCCCCUUGUGACCGAGAACCUGCUGAAGCUCGGAUUUUUGGAAGACACAACUCAGCUCGACCAACUGAUACCCCGUUUAAGAGCGGCUUUGAUGAACUCCACUGGUGGAACCGGCAAAGCAUCAGAUGUCAACUUCGCACAGCUUCAGGCUCAGCUUGACGAAAUCAGUCGCGAGAAUGUGCUGAGAUUCUCAACCCCUCCAUUCUUCACUGUCAUCAUUCGAAGCCUUACCAUCCUGGAAGGAGUAGCGCUAAGUGUUGACCCCAACUUUCGUCUGGUUCGUGGGGCAUACCCAUAUGUGCUGCGACAGCUACUAUCGCCUGAGGACAACCAGGGAACUCCGGAAGCUCUUACCAAACUCCUCAUCAGGUUGUUGACCGUGAAUGGUGAAGAACGAGAGAUCGAAUGGGAGAGAUUGCGCAGCUUUCUAAAGCUAGCUCAAAAGGCUGCCAAGACCUACGACCCGAAAGAACAAGAUCCCGAUGACGACGGCGUACAAAUCUCUCGUAACACAAUCGACAUGUUUUUCGAAUUCUUGACCAGCCGAGCUGGUCUCUUCUUGAAGAAACCGCUAGUUCAUGAGUUGGCCGAGGCUAUAGACGGUCUUGCUAGCAUGGGAGAAGCCAAUCUGCUUCGUACCUCUGGCGGCUUGCUGCCCGUUCUCCCGGGCAUGAAUGGUCCUAUCAAUACGCGACGCAUGGACGAGAUCCGAAUGAUGCUCGAGACGUUUGAAGAAGCCAUGGUGCUGCGCAGCAACAAUGAUGACCAGUUUGGGAAUCGAGUUCACAGCGAUGGGUCCAACGGCACAGCUGGAGGUGGGCGACUAGCUGUCGCCCAAGGACGUGCUCGACUGGAGGCCAUGGUGGAGUUUCUACGAGAGAUUUCGGCACAUCUCGGUGACGAGCGCUUGCGUCGCAACUCAGGUCCUCUGCUCGAAGAGUUGCAAAGUGUGAUCCAAAUGGUGGCCGUGGAAGUUCUGGAGAUUCGAGGGUCCCGUGCCGUCCGUUCAGUGCUUCGUGUGCAGUAA